CAAGAGUAUUUACAACCUCCAUUCACGACCUCCAAGAUUGCCCGACUCCUACACAAUUCGCGCAAUUGCAAUCACCUGACGAUUUUGUUUUUCUCUAGAUUGGCAUGAGUUGGCGCGAUUCAAUCCACGUCUGCUUUGUUUAAUGCGCCUGAGUCUGAUCACAAGCUAAUACCCCUCGCCACUCGCAACAAUGGCUACCAUCACGAUUGAUCUGAUUUCCAGUAGUCCGGCUGUAAGUCCCAUCGUACCGCAGAGAACGAAACAACCAAUGGCUACAUCUCGCGCUUCCUCGCAUAAACCACCGCCAGCCAAGAACAAUGGAUACCUUUCACUUUCUGACGACGACGAUGACCCAUUCCGAUCCUCACCUGAUAAAGGCACAAUUCCAUCCACGUUUCCCUCGUCAAAGCCAAAUGUAACCAAGGAAUCGCGGAAAAAGACAAAAGAGCAGAAAUAUUACAUCCUUUCCGAUGACGAUGUUGAAAGCAACAUUAUUGCGAAACCGCAACCAACAAAAGCCAUACAAGAGAAGGAUCCCUUCUACUUUCUCUCAGACGAUUUUGAUGGCACGGCAAAUUUCGACAAUUCAUUCGCAAAUAAUGAGCCGUCAACGAAAAGACGUCGACUUUCAUCCUCACCCGAGCCUUCCUUGCCUAAAGCACCUCGAGCCCGCGAUUCUACACGAUCCCUUUCGAAUACCGAAGCGUCCAAGACAAAACCAUCACAAAAAAGAACUGCGACAGGGUUACAAAGAUCUAAAACGGCUGGUGCAAUUUUGGAGUCCGAUCCUCUUAUAUUUACAAGUUCACCAGAUCCAUUUGAUGGAAAGAGAAAGAAGCAAAGUCGGGCGCGCCUAGAGACAGUUGAGGACGAGGACGAAUUUGCAAGCCUGGGCUCUGAUGAAGAAUUUCCCGAUCUUUUGACAUUGCGCUCGACUGCCUCACAGUCUCAGAAGAAUUCCAAGGCGGCGUUGCGAAAAUUCAAGGAAGCAAGAGAAGCAGAAAAGACAGGAAAGCCAAUAUCCAUACCAAUAUCCAAGCCGAAACCAAAGGUUACAAGUAGCAAGAGCACGUCGAAUAUGACCGUGGAAGAGAAAGCUGAGGAGAAGGAAAGGAAAGCCAAAGAAAAGGCCGAGGGAGCUGAAAAGAAACUUGCUGCAAAAGAGGCGGAGAAAGAGCAGAAGCGAUUGGCAAAAGAGCAGCAAGCCCGAGAUAAAGCUCUUGCGGCUGAGCUCGAUAAGGUCAACACACUUAAGAUUGAUAAGAAGGUCACCGCGCCAGAGAUGGUAAUUCAGUUGUCCUGUUCGAUUGACGCUCAUAUCAAUGCCCAAAUCAGGAAGUUGGCCGAGCAGUCUGGCAUUGAUGUGGAAGAGUAUCAGGAUAUCCAACCGCUUGUAAAGUGGAAGAGGAAGGUGGAAUCGCGCUACAAUGACGAUGCGGGACAGUGGGAAACUGUACCGAAGCACAUGAAGCAAGAAAAUCAUAUCAUUUGUUUGAUGAAGGCUAAAGAAUUUGUUGCCCUCUCUCUAGGAGAAGAAGGCAGUGAUUUGGAUGCGCAUGCUUUGAAAAUUAGAACGAACUAUCCAAGCCACCAAAUUGUUUACAUGAUUGAAGGGAUUGCCGCAUGGAUGCGAAACAACAAAAAGGUACAGGCGAACCAAUUCGCAGAUGCUGUCAGAAGUCACGCACCAAACGCAGAAGAGCCAACCACCAGUGGAAGAGCACGGAAGAGGAAGACCGCCGAAUACGUGGAUGAGGGUAUGAUUGAAGAUGCUUUGCUUAGACUGCAAGUUGUACAUGGCAUGUUGAUUCAUCAUACGGAUGCCAAGAUUCAGACAGCGGAAUGGGUCGAGAUAUUUACUCAGUAUAUAUCUAUUAUUCCCCGCAAGUAAGUAUCUUCUGAUGACAUGUUACUUACCAUAAAUAUUACCCCAUAUCUCCCGUUCAUCGCUGAUUCCCUCGCCCUAGACGCCAACAAGAAUCCCACAACGCUGCCUUCUGCAUGGAAAGCGGCCAAAUCAAAUCGGGCAAUGAUACACCCGACACCUUCAACAAGAUCCUUCAACAAAUAAUACGCAUUACCCCGGGAAUCUCGCAGGCCAUCGUUGCGGAACACAAAAUAGUACAGCGUCUUGUUCAAGCUUUUGAGGACGAGGGACCGGGUGCUGUGAAGGAUUUGUGUAAAGCUACCAACAAAAAUGGUGGGUUUGCAGAUAAGAAGGUAGGACAGGCGGCUAGUAAGAGGAUUUUCAAUGUUUUUAUGGGGAGGGAUGAGAAGAGUUUUGAUGUUUGAUGGGAACUAGUGUAAUUAUCAUUGCAGGAGUUUGAUGGAUUGCUUCGAGUGGUGGCUCUCGUUUAGGCUUUUGUUUUCCAGAGCUUGACUCUGCUUUUGUAGUUGGUUGGUUGGCCUGUCGUAUUUAUUUGCGAGGCGCCACGCAAGACAGGGCGCCGAGGGCAAGGAGAUUCGAAGGUAUGGUAUGAAUGUAA